CCGGGCGGUGUCAGCUAAAGAAAACGGGACAGAGGAUGAGUGAGAAGCCGACACAGGGAUUCAUUUCCCCGGGUGAUUUUUACUGAAUUGCACCAGCGGACUUCAGGUGUCAACAUGUCAACAAAGAUCAGCGCUGAGGAGAUGGAGGAGAUCAGGGAGGGCUUCCAGAAAGUGGAUGCGGAUGGUAACGGGUACAUCUGCGCCUCUGAACUCGGCAAUCUCUUUCGCGAGGUGGGCUGUCCUUUGCCUGGAUACCAGAUCAGAGAACUCCUUCAGAAACUGGACAGAGACAACGACAGCCGUAUCGACCUUACAGAGUUCACGGCUAUUUUCCAGGAUAUGAAGGACGACCGCAUGGCCAAGGGUUUCAGGAAAGCGCUCAACAAGAAAGAAGGCAUCGUAGCCAUCGGGGGCACCAGCACGAUCUCUAGUGAAGGAACUCAACAUUCAAUCUCUGAGCAGGAGCGCUUUGCCUUUGCCAACUAUAUCAACACUUCUUUGGAGAAGGAUCCAGACUGUAAACAUGUCCUGCCCAUCAACCCCAACACUGAAGCUCUGUUUAAAGCAGUGGCAGACGGCAUCAUGCUUUGUAAACUCAUCAACCUCUCUGUUCCCGACACCAUCGACGAGAGAACCAUCAAUAAAAAAAAACUCACGGCUUUCACCACACAGGAGAAUCUGAACUUGGCUCUGAAUUCAGCCUCGGCCAUCGGCUGCCAAGUUGUCAAUAUCGGCGCUCAAGAUCUGAAGGAGGGAAAACCUCACCUAGUGCUUGGACUCCUCUGGCAGAUUAUCAAGAUUGGACUGUUUGCUAAUAUAGAGCUGAGUCGCAAUGAAGCUUUAGCAGCGUUGCUAGAGGAAGGGGAGAGUCUGGAAGUGUUGAUGAAACUCAGUCCUGAGGAGCUGCUGCUGCGCUGGGCCAAUUUCCAUUUAAAGAAAGUUGGCAUGACCAUAUCAAACUUUUCUGGAGAUAUUAAGGACUCCAAGGCGUACUUCCACCUGCUUGAGCAGAUUGCUCCAGACGGCAGCAAAGAGGACGUUCCACAGGUUGAGGUCGACAUGACUGGUCUUUAUGAGAAGGAUCUUACGAAGAGAGCAGAGUGUAUGCUCAAACAGGCCGACCGCCUCGGCUGCCGACAGUUUGUAACUGCCACCGAUGUCGUGUGCGGAAACGCAAAGCUCAACAUGGCCUUCGUAGCCACGCUCUUCAACAAACACCCGGCUCUCACCAAACCAGAGAACCAAGACUGGAAUCUGGAGAGUGAGACCAGAGAGGAGAGAACUUUCAGGAACUGGAUGAACUCUCUCGGAGUCAGUCCACAUGUUCACCAUAUCUACGGUGAUCUGCACGAUGCCAUAGUGAUUCUGCAGCUUUAUGAAAGGAUUAAGGUGCCAGUGGACUGGGACAACAGAGUCAACCACCCUCCAUUCAAGGGAGUAGGAGGAGGGCAUUUAAAAAAGAUGGAAAACUGCACCUACGCUGUGGAGCUGGGUAAGAAAAGCGCUGGUUUUUCCCUGGUGGGAAUUGGCGGACAGGACCUCUACGAUGGAAAUCCAACUCUAACUCUAGCACUUGUGUGGCAGCUGAUGAGGAGGUACACUUUGAAUGUUCUUGAAGACCUUGGACAUGGAGAAGUUGCAGGAGAUGAUCUGAUAGUUUCAUGGGUCAACAAGACUUUAGCUGGGGCUGGCAAGAGUUCCUCUAUCAAAAGCUUUAAGGACAAAGCGAUCGGUACCAGUAUUCCAGUUCUGGACCUGAUCGAUGCCAUUCAGCCACAGAGUGUGAACUUUGAGCUGGUUCGAAAAGGAAAUCUGUCAGACGAAGACAAACUGAACAAUGCCAAGUAUGCCAUUUCCAUGGCGAGGAAGAUCGGGGCGAAAGUCUACGCCCUGCCUGAGGACUUGGUAGAGAUCAACCCCAAAAUGGUGAUGACAAUCUUCGCGUGCCUGAUGGGGAAAGGCAUGAAGAAGGCUUAGACGACACUCAUUCAUACACACACACACACACGAGCACGCACACACGCACUGACUUCGCCUGUUUGAUGGGAUGAGACAUGAAGAGAGGGAAUAUAGCUGUAUUGUCUUGUUCUUUUAAGCUGUUAUUCUGCGUUAGCCAAAAUAGAAGUGUCACUUUAUUCAUCUAUUCUGCAUUCAAUGAACAUUUGUGUAUAUUAACACAAACCAAAAGUGAUCUUCUUACGGUUCAAAAGGAAUUUGAAUUCUCUAAAUGGUCAGACAGUUUGCAGUGAAGUGAGACUUCUGUAAUGGCUACAUGGUAAAUAUUUGGGGUUUGGGGUUUUUUUUCUGGGUCUCGGUUUUGUUUUGGGACACUACGGUGGUUGAGCGAUUAGCGGUGUCACAUUAAGAAAGACUCAACUUCCCAUACUGCCCACAGAUAUGAAUAUAAGUGUGAAUGUGUGUGUAUAGACUGGCGACCAGUCCAGGGUCUGCCCAGUUCAUGCUGGGCUAGACUCCUGCCCGCCCGUGACCCUGAUGAGAAAAUGAAUGAAUAAAAGGUUUUGUUUCUUGAAAUGUUAAGGCUAUGAUACAUGGGAAACAUUUAAAGGCAAUGCCCUGGAAAGCAAACAUUCAAGGCGGUGAUUUUUGUAGUUCUUCCUCAGCAUUUCAGUUAUCUAAUGAUAUUUCACUACAGUCUUACCUCUGCAUUCCUGCUUUCCCCCCAAUGACUCACUUGAUAUUUUCCCAGCUGCAUUGCCUCAAAGUUUCCCAUGUGUCACUGCCUCAUGAUAUACCGACUAAGUUCUGCUGUAUCUUCCAGGUUGCCAGCCACAGUACGAUCAUUUAUUGUACUUAAGCCAUAAUAUAAUCUUUACUGAAUACCUUUUGGCCUUUUUUAUAUGACCAACGCUGUAGGCAGUUUAUGUCUUCACAUAAGGUAUACAUUUAGGGUUGUAAUGUUCUUUUGUACAUUUUACGGAUUUUAAAAACACCAUAAUUUAUGCAGAAAACCCAUUAAAAUCCCUAAAUAUAUUCAUCUAUUAAAGUAUUGAUUAUGAAACCACAUAUCUGUGGUAUUAAAUACCCAAACACUGCAUAAGAAUCCCUUAACAUGUCAUUUAUUUGCACCUGAAAAUAUUUCAUAAGCGUAAAGUUAAUCAAAACACAAGCUUAAAAACACCUUAUAUUGAUAAGUAGUCACAGCUCCCUUUUUUUAAUAUUUUAAAUUGUGGACAUCUGAAAUUUAACAUGUCUAAGCUGCCUCUGCUUUCAUAUGAACUCAACAAAGCAGAAGAUGAUAUACGCCUGUAUUGUACCUGGAGAUGAUUCCCAGACUCUUCAUACGGGAACAGAACAUCUGAAUUUGAUGUAUUGAUAACGUACAGCUGAUUCAUGUAAACAAUGUCAAAGAACAUGAAUUCUUAUUUUUCUGGUGCUAAUUAAACAACCAUGAUUGAAAUAUGACUUCAAAAACAUCCAAAGACAGAUUUCUAGUCCUGUAUUAGUCUAAAAUAUUAUUACAUUUUGUCUUAAUGCUGCAGUUGAAUAUGUGGAUAAGUUUAAAAGUUGUCCAGGUUAGUUGCUGCUGAUGUUAACAUUCCACUAUCGUUAUGUUUUUUCUUUUAAGUAAAGCACUUUCCAAUCAGCUGUUUAUCUGUAUUGGCCCUUUGGAGUGUGACCGUGGCCAAAAAUAUUGCUUUACAUGCUAGCAAUACUUCCAAAAUUAAGUGUGCAAUCAGAUCAGUAAUGUUAAAUAAAAGCAUUUUUCCAUA